AUGGCGUCUGUAACUUCCACAAUGUUGUGGAGGCUUGCUACGCUAAAACGAGUUACGCAGCCAGUUUUGAAGCUGUAUCUCAGCACCGAUGUGAGGAAAACAGAGCGUAUUUUUGACAGAAUGAAGAAAUUUGUCUUAGGCGAAGGAGCGCCGCAAGAAGAAAGCGAGGAAACCAUGGACAGGUGAGGAUACUGCAUGUUCACCUGGGUCACCAUAAAAACAGAACUUAGCCUGUUAAAUUACUGUUCUAACUGAUAUGACUAUGUUCAGCAUUCAAUAGGGUAAAUGAGAGAAUUUCUCAUGUAGUUAGUCAGUAGUGAUAGGUCGUCUAUUAUGUCCACAAGUGAUCGUAUGUUUUUGAGGGCACCUGCCUGUGCACAGGGAGCCCAAGCUCCUUGGGGGUCAUUGCUAAUCACAUAAAAGUUAGAGUUUGUAUAGGAAUGUAACAAUCAACGUAACAUAUGGGAAGGAAAUUUGAUAGCAAUGACUUGCUUUGCCUCGUUUGUGUAGUACAGUUGAACCUUAAUAUAACGCACCUCUAUAAGGAAGUCCUUGAUAUAACAAAUGGUAUUCUGUGCCCCAGUUAAAGCAAAAUAUAUGGAAAAGAACCUCGAUAUAACAAAACCUUGUUUAAGUGAACGUAUUUGGCCAGUCCCUUGGCGCUACGCUGAAUCGUGGUUCCACUGUAAUUGUGUUUUUGUGCAAUUGUGGUCUGUUUCAGAGCAAUUCCAACGAGUUGUAGGUUUAUGUUUUCCUCUCCAAAUAUCAUUCCACAACAUAAGGGAGUUGAGAGGCAGAUCUACUGAAGGAAAACAGCCUCAAAUUUGCCUUGAAAGCUCCAAUCACUUUCAGAUCCCCCCUGGAGAACUUCUGAUAUGCUUUCCUUGAUUGGAUGAAAACAACCACUGAACAGAAAUUUUACCCCACAAAUCACCCAAUUUUCUUUUUUGAAGGUUUGUUGACCUUGUGUUCUGUGCACUUACCAUUUGAAAACGUUUGGCUCAGAUUACCUGCUCUCUCAUCAGGUGAAAAGUACCCUAGUCCCAGAGGUUUUUUCUUAAAAAUUUUCUCUGCAAAAGAGGGAGCGAGUAGUGAAGCCGCGAAUCUCACUUUCAAGCAGACAACAUGGUCAGGAUCUGACCCUUGGGUGUUGAUUGGUUGAAAUUUUUACAAACAUGCAAAUAAAAUUAAUUUGAUUGAUUUGUUUAAUGUUCCAUACCUUUUCAGUUGUUUUCUUUGGAAUCAGUGUUCUUCUGAUAGGCUUAAGCGGCUUAGGCAAAGCCAAUUUUUUUUUCUCUUGGUCGAGACACGACACCAGAGAAUCAUUCGUGCAGUGCUUCUGUCGUUUCAAGUGGUAAUCUGCCAACUGAUUUCUUAGGGCCUCCCCCUGAAUUUUUCCCAUUCAAAAUUUCAAAACUUCCCACUCGCACUUCUGGCAGAUUAUCUGCGAUAACCUCAUGGUAUCAUCUACAUCGGAUCUUGACAGAACUGAUGAUAAUCUUAUGUCUAAAACAGUCAUGUUAGAUCAGCCUCUGAUUUUCAAAUCAAUUCUGCAAAUCCUGCAGGAGUUGUUGGAAACAAUGUUUGUUUCUUUAUCGUAGUUUUUAUUCCAGGAUUCUUACCUGGAAUUCGUGAUGUAGUCAUGUGUGAUGUAGAUUGCUACAUUUCAACUGCUUACUGCUUGUCUAUAGCAUUAUUUAUACUGUAGUAAAUUAUUGUUAUUGUAGUCAUUUAGUUGUUAUCUUAGUCUCACACUUCUGUCAAAAUACCCUUAGUUGCUAUCUUGCCCUGACUCAAUAACCUACAGGCUAGUUGCAGCAACCAAGCAUCUUUUGUUGUUACUAUUUAUCAUACUGUUUAAAAUAUCUCAGUUAUUAUCAGCUGGCCAAGGUUGAAGAGCCAUUAAUAUACAGCAUGGAAACACGUGAAAUUCUGGAUACACUUCAAGACAUUGUGUCUGAAGUGGUACCUGAUGUAACACGUGAUCAGUGGGAAAGUCAAUCAGUUAGUGGCCUGGUGGUUAAGUACAAGGUGAGACUAAAGGUCUAUUAAAUAAUACCCAAAGACUAAUAUUUUUGAUGAGGAAAAUACAAAGCAAAUUAAAGUUUAGUGCAUAUCUUUUUAUCUGCUAUCUUCACGGCUAAGCUUUAUUUCAUUGGCAAAAAUAAUCUUAAAGUAAAUAUUGGUGCAAGAAUGAAUAGAUCUACAACAGCCAAAGCUGUAAACUAACAGUUUGUGUUCAGUAAGGUUUUAAACACCAGGUGGUGCCUAAUGUUUAAACUUGUUAAAGCACUCCUGCUGGAUUAUUUAACUUUAUUCAACCUUGUUCUGGUAAUCUGAAAUCUAGACACUGCAGCCUUAAAAUCGUUGCCCGUUUCAAAUAAGCCCCCACCCUCUGAUAAGUCCCCCCUUUUCAGGGGAAGAAUGUUAAUAAGCCUCCCCUCUUUAUUAAGCACCCCCCUCCUUCCCCUCCCCUAUUAUUAUUCUUCACUAAUAAAAUUAAUGAUAGACUGUAUUAAUCAAUCACAACUGUAAAACUUUGUGUGGACUGAUCUGGGAUGGUUUAUUUUGCAACUGGAAGUUUGGAUUUGAUUCUGAUCCUCGGCUGCAUGAACUCCAACCUUCUUGUACUUGAGCUUAUUCCCCCCGCCCCCUGCCUCAUUUGGCUUGAAAUAUAUAAGCCCCCUGGGGAGCUUAAUAGAGGAUUUAUGGUAUACAAUGGAACCCCGCCUCACGGUCACCUCGUUAUUACGGCCACUUUUUUUGGCCGCCCAGCCAGACAUUAUUUUUCUUGUAAAAAAACCCUUGCUAAUACCGUCAGCCAGUUUUUUUUUGGCCCAUUGGCGACCAAAUUAACAAGGUUCCACUGGAUAUAAUAAAAUAUUAAUAAAAAGAUAUGAGUGGCUGAAUAAUGCCCUAAGUGAAUCAUCUUUCUUUUUUUUGUCACAAGCAAAUACAAGGCAAUUUGAAAUGAUGAUCCACCUAAAGGGAAGAGUCGCCCAAAACUUGGUUUUAAAUUAUGGUAUACUGUACCUCAAGGGGUAAAAUUACGUCUGAUAUGAUAUUCUGUUAUGGCAAAUGAGUUAGUACUUCCUGAGCAGCAGAUGCCAAGUUUGCAUGAUAUCAGGAUCAGGAUACUAGAUUUUUGCUAUCAAUGAUGGUUGAAUUUUGUUGUCAAUCCAGUGAUGUGCUGUAUCCAAUAAUGCGGUUAUAUGUAUGAAUCUUAAUCCUGCAAAAUGCAACCCGGAGUCUAUGGGCCAUUGUCUUUCUUACAACAAUAGCAGCGUUUUGCACCCUAUUUGCUGCGGUGGAGGCAAUUCUGUUGCAUUGUGUCAAGUUUUUUAAAAACAACACAGUAUUUUUAUAUUUUUGUGUUUUUUAAUAUAAUUUUGUCAUAUUAUUUGACACCCAAUUUUUUUCCCAUCAGGUUCUCAGCAGAUGUCACCAAGAGUUUGGACUCCUGGUUCCCAAUUGUCAGUUAAACACAAUGAGCAGUGUUCAGGACAUUAUUCAUUACUACACAACAGCCAAGCCCAAAGAUACUAGAACAUUUAAAUCUAUUGAUAUGGACAAAUUACCUCCAAACUUAGUCAUGGGGGGCAAGGUUCCUUUUAAAACUGUAUCUUCAUGACAAAGUGUCAUUCCCAGUAAAAAUAAUAAGUGUUCAGAUCCCAAGUAUCAGAGAGGGGAAGAGGUGGCCAGUAUGUAGGAUUCACUUCUCUUGUUGGUUGUGUAGCCUACAAGCAAGCCCUCCACUUUGGCCACUCACUUGGGUGUAACCUCUGACUCUCAUGAUUUCCAAAUUAAUAGACAGCUUUGAAAAAUACCAUAAUAUUGUCAAACUGCCCAUUUGAGAAUAUUAUGGUAUUUUUUUAAGUGGCCUGUGAAGAGCUUGCUUUGUCUAGUCCCUAGGCCUCAUUAUUAUGCACAGCCUAUGCGUUUCGGGUCACAUGGUCCAAGCAGGUUUUCGCCUUGGAUGCAUCACCAAAAUGCAUUGACUAAGUAGGCCUGGAAAUAAUUAUGCUGUACAGGAACCAAGCAAGAGCUUGCUCACAGGUUAUUUUAAAAGGUUCCAUCACACUCAAGUAUUGCUAUUGUUGUGGAGACUAAAAUCAGUGGGCAAAAAUAAUGUACAAAACAAAAUAAUGUUUAAUAAAACAGUUCUUGAUAGUUAAUACAUACUGUAACACUCUUUACAUCAAAACGUUAUGUACCGCUACUUUCCAAUUUAAUUUACCGUAUGAUGAAACACAAGUGGCACUGGUAAUAAUUAUCCUCACUGCAUAUCUAUUGUCUCAUCGCGGCAAAAUAAGUUAUGUGACAAACCUGCCACUGCCUUGGCAAAGAUAUGCAGCAAGGUUUGGUGAUCCUGUCAAACUGCAAGACUUCACACUGCGAUGGCCAAAUUUAAGCAAGAAGGCCACAAAGGAUCGUAAUUGACCCCAAUUGCCAAGAACUCUUGGGAUGAGAAGAAUGCAAGCAUGUUGCGAGAUGCGCACAUUAUAAUGUGCCAUGAGAAUAGCUUUCUUUUUUUUUUCAUGAGCUGGCAUUAGUUUAAGAGCACAUCAGAGGUUAUCCUACAUAGCAGUCGUUCCCUUUUCAUUUUAGACAACUGGGAGAAAGGUAAGAGAUGUGUAAGGACAUAGGGUAAAAAGGAGCAAAAAAAUUUAAAUCAGGAGCCCUUCUCCCCACUCUCAUUUUGGAUCGUUAUACGGUUCUGGGUAACUGCCCACCUACCCCUCCCCUAAGUCAACAUUUUGCCCUAAGUGUUAACAUUGGUUUAGGGGAGGAGUAGGUGGGCAGUUUCCCAGAAAUGUAUAAUGAUUCCUCAUUCUUUGGUUCACACUCUUGCAUCUCCUGCUCUUCUCUUCCUUAGCUAAAACUACCCUGGCUAACAAGACAGUGGUAUCUAUCUAGUCUUCAUUUAACUAGAGAAUCAUGUAAUACAGUCAACAUUCUCUAAGAUGCACACCUUCAGGACCAGCACUAAGUGUCCGUCUAAGAGAGACACCUGUCCUAUGGAGAGUCAAAGAUAGGUUCAGGAGUAAAAAAAGGCAGGGAACAACUCUAGGUGUCCAUUUUACCGAGGUGUCUCUCUUAUAGAGGUGUCCAUUAAGAGAGAGUCGACUGUUCCUGCUAACCUGUGAUCAAUUCUCAUGUCUUCAAGUCUAAACGUUCGUAAAAAAAAUACUCCACUGCGCUUCAUAUUUUCAACUCUCUUCUCAGUGAUUUAUCUGGUGAUGAUACAAGGUGUCUCAUGCUUAAUAUGUUACAUGAGACUCUUAUCAUACUUUUACGGGAGCUCUGUAUGAGCUCUCCAAAUUAGGUGUUUUCAGCCUAUAUUUUCCUGUGUGAUUUAGAUUAUCUCCAAGAAAUAUUGUUCAGUUUAGAAACUAUAAUAAUCAGACUCAGUAGGUGGUAUCAUAGAACUUGGCUGUGUCUCAUAUUUUCAACUCACUUUUCAGUAUCUGGUCUCCCAAGGCAAAAACGGCUCCAAGGGAGACUUCUCAGUAUCUGAACAUCAGAUGAAUCACUUUUAGUUUCAUGGCCUCAUUUGACUACAUGUACCACAGUUUGCUGAGAGUCAAAAUCAAGAUUAGCAUUGUAAAAAGACCGUUAG